UCCCUGUCGAUUCACGACCGAGAUGAGAGGGGCUUUUCACAUUUUGCACUCAUUUUUAUUGACCAAGCAGGCAACUUGCGCCAUGAAGCCUCUCCUUCCAUCUCCGACAGUCGCGAGCGCAUCCUGUCCCCAAGAGUCACAAAUGAGUUUCUGCAAGCGGUCGCGAGAUCCGAAGACAAUCGCGCCAAGCUUCAAUGCGCACAAGCAACGCCACCUCAUGGGCUACCAAGUACCCAACCCUCUUCCCGAACCAGUCAAACCUAUACCACCCAAUGCACGGGUCUUUCACCGACCCAGGCUCACGUCGACGGACGCAUAGCACCAACACCUCAUGUACUACCAGUCAUGUGGCCAGGAGAGCUAGUCCACCGGUCUAUCAGGGAAAGUGAGCUUUUGCAGCACAAAGCUACAUUACAGAAUGAAGAGGUUGUGUUAACUUCAAAGAAUAUCAUGGUAUCGCUUGGCAACGCAAGUCUUCUUCGUCGGUACUACGAAAAGGUUUUCGAUAAUUUACAGCAGACCAAUUGCAGAAUCCUUGCAAAGGUGUAUGUCAGACUUGUCGAACCGCGCAAACAAGUCAAAUAUCCUUACAAUGGACGAAAGACUGUGUCGGGCAUAACAAAGCAGUGGAGUCCCGAUGAGACCAAGCCGCCAUGGUGGCCGUCAGAGGUGAGGCAUCGAGAACCAGAUCAUCUCCAUAAAGUUGGUAAUAUUUCAUCAGAGCGAAUCGAACUUCUCGUCCAUAUCCUUUGCGAACUACGCGCUAGCCACGGAAUCACAGCGCGGAGACUGAGAGCGGCAGAUGAGACUAUCCGGCGGCAGAUUUCUCCAACCGAUCGGGUAAAUCUACUGGAUGAACUAUACUACGUCCGAGAGAAGGAAGAAAAAUUACUAGACGGUCUUCUCGGUAUGUAUGCGCAAUCACAUGUGGAGCUUAGCCUGAUUAUUUGCAGACAUGAAUACAAGGGUUUCGAUCUCGCGAGACAAUCUGCCCGACGACUUGGAAGUUGCAAUUAUUCAAAGUCAGAUCUGCGUUAG